CGCACUCAGGUCUACUGCACUUCCUGUUUUUGGCGUGAAGAAGAGAGAAGGUCGAAAAGAUGUCUCAUAAAGGCCCAGGGAAGACACCGAUAGCACUUCUGUAUGAAGUUUGCUCCAAAUUGCAUAAUGCCCAACCAAACAUGAAACCACAUUAUGAGGAAGUUGAGGUCAAGGGCCAGGUUCAUGAUCCUGUCUACGUCUUCAAGUGUUCAGUUGGGGAUCUUCACGCAAUGGGACAAGGUACGAAGAAGAAGCAGGCCAAGCACCAGGCUGCCCACGGUGUGCUCCAGAAGAUGGAUGAUGGCUCCGGAAGGUGCGUUGUACCGGGACUCCCGGGUCAAAACAGCAUCAUGCUGAACCUUUCGCAGAUUGGUGACGACGGUUCAGACGGCAACCCGGUCGGACAGCUCCAGGAGCUCACCCAGGAGUGGAAAUGGGUACCUCCAACCUACGAGUUCUCCGAGACUGUCCCCAACAAGGGACAACCUGCCAAGGAGUUCACAUGUACACUGAAGUUGGGCAAGACGCUGCAAGAACGCGGCAUUGGGAAAUCUAAGAAGAGUGCCAAAAGGAAAGCUGCCCAGGCCAUGCUUCAGCAGAUCAAGGCUGGUGCCACUGUGUGUGCUGAAGAUAUGGAGCCAGAGGACUUUGAUCACUUGCAUGACAGCAAGGGUUCCUACACUGCCCUGAAGGAGGGAAAGCGCAUACCAACCAUCACACCAGGUGCCAGCAAAGAGAUUGGCAAAUUCUACGCAAAGAUGAAGAAUGCGACUGGUCCAAUCCUGAACGCACUCCACACCAAGCCUGUGACCACUCCAGCGGCAAACUAUUGCCAGAUGCUUCAGCAGUUGGCAGAGGAACAACGAUUCGAAGUGACCUACGUUGACCUCCAGGAUCCUGCUCCAAUCGGUAAAGGUCAGCACGGUCAACGCCAAUGCUUGGUUCAACUCUCCACCAUGCCUGUGGCAGUCUGCCAUGGCUUCGGCCCAACCACGGAUGACUCGCAUGCCCAGGCAGCCCACACUGCUCUGCAGUACCUCAAGAUCAUGACCAAGAAGGCCUAAGUUUAUCAAAGGCGGUAGUGUCAGAACUGGGUAUUCACAUCAAGGUUGUAGGGAAUACCCUAUGAAAACUUUUAAUUUUUUGCCCCUGCUGAAAUGCAUGCGGUGAUAAUUUUAAAAACCAGAAAUCAUUUUACCCUGCUGGUUAUUUUGCCAUGCAUAAUAUUGUUAGGUACCACUAGGUCAGUGGUGCUGAUGCCCAGUUCUGAUAUUACGUGCUCUGAUACGACCUGUCGCUGCACUCUUCAAAACACCAUGCACAGCAGGUCUGACUACAUGCCUUGUAUUUGUGGUAUUUUGAAAAUUGUAGUAAACUCUUUUGAUUGGAACUGGUUCUUGUAGAACUGGGGGUGAUUUCUCUCUGUGGAAGUGGAAUAAUAAGAAUUCAAAUACAUGGUUUUUGGAAACUAUUGUUGUAUUGGAAGGCAUUUCUCUUCAGGGAGUGUCCUUUUUCUUCCUGAGAGGUCACCCUCAGUUCUGACAAGUUAGGCACUUUAUUAUGGUGCAUGUAGAAUUUGGUUGUUCAUAGAGUGUAAUUACGACAUUUUUCUUUUGUCUCAUUUCCUGCUUCAAAAAAUAUACAGAAAAAUAACAGGAAGAAAAUCAUAGCAUUUUAAUCUUUUGUCGGUCAGUAGUGGAAUGAUGGAAAAAUGUUCAUGAUUAAGUCAACUAUUUGGAGACUGAAGGCGACAGAAUGGAAUUUUAAAUCACAGUAGUUUUAAGAAAUAUUCGUAUUUUUGAUGAUGUACCAUUGGUUAACCCUUGUGCUAGGUUCAAUUACAGUAACUAAGCUGCACAGUUAGGCAUCGAAAGGGAAGUGAGGGAUCAUCAUAGUGUGUCCUGCUCAUGAAACGAUUCUGAUGAGCUUAACGUGACGAUUCUUUGCUGCCGUGUCUCACAGAGGGGUUGACAUUUUCUGCACCCAUGUGUCUUGAACCACACAUGGCUUGAAUGCAAACAUACUUAGUCACCUUCAGACUUCAAAUGGUUGAUUCCUUCCAAACUACAGUUUUGACGUUGUAGCCGUGCACUCUCAUCAAACCAUUUGGUCUCUAUGUAUACAGUAUAUACAUGCACAAUAGUACAAGUGCAAACAGGGGGUGACUCUAUGAGUUGAAUCGAUUCUUAUCUCCAUGUGCUCAGGGUAACUAAUAUAGUAGAACAUCUAUGAUUUGGACCCAAACGUGAAAUAGUCCGCUUCAGCUGUGGCAGUGGUUACAUCAGAGUCCUCUUUAGGUGCUCUUCUGUAUUAUAUUUAUUGGAUUUUGAAUGCGAAAAUGGCAUUAGCUGAAACUAUUCACAGAGACCCACAAAUUUGUUAUGGGAUUGAUAGAAUGCUCAACUCCUGGAGUCAACUUGCCUGCUUUAUCUCAUUAUUGCUCAUGAAUGAAUGUUGGCAUUUUAAAGUAUGGAGAUGUAAAAAAUCCCUGUGAGUUCCACCUUGAUUAAUCAUUUUCAGCACCUCUGGGUGUUACUGUCUCAUGUGCCCUGCUUCAUGGUUGGUAACUUACCAGUGUGGUCUGCGGAAGUAAAGGUGUGAUAAAUUGAAAAGGGAAUUCGCAGAUCAGUUUCUUCUUCAUAAAUGUGACCCAUCACACCAAGAUGGGUAGCAGUUUCAUUUAUUGCUCGAUACUAGGCCUUGUGACUUCCUACCCAAUUUGUUGUGAUUGGUCACAAAUGUUCACAAUAAUCAGGAGUUUAAAAUUCCUUAACCUUAGUCAUCUGUCAUUAUUGUAUGUUACUGUAAUAUGUGUGGUCGUUGUUUUGCAAGAGUCUAUUGGGUUCUGAAUGGAUGCAUUUAUACACGAUUUAUAUAUAUUUUAUUGCAUGUACACAGGGCUUUCAUGCACCUUUAACAUGCUAGGCUGACUUCUCUAUACAGUUCCCUUGGCCUGUACAGCAGAUCCCAGUUAAGAGAAUAUUCUUUACAAAUGACAUGAAGCAUGGUACUAUCUUAUACCCUGUGUUACAUGAUCAUAUUUGAUUUGAAGAGUGAAAAACUUGUCAAAAUGUUUGACCGAACCGUACCGUAAACAGCUUGGAAUUUGAUGAAACAACACAUUUUUCGUGGAAUGGCCUGUCUGUCUUUUUGUCAAAUAAAAUUUGAUCAGGUGUGUUGGUGAUAAGUCACACUAGCUUUUAAUUACCUGUAGUACCAUUUGAAAUGUUUUUGUUACACCUUUAAUUGGAAUAUUUCUAUUAGAAUGUCUUGAAUCUGUUGUACAGUACGUUAUCUAGUGCAUUUUUGCUCGUCGGUUGAGUCGAGCAUGUCUGGGGUGCAACCCACUGGGAAGGGUCAGGGACGUGUACUGUGCUCUGGGGGAUUUAAAAAUGCACAUGUGCAGAUGAUAAAAGGUCACAGCUUAUCACUAUCGCUGUGCAUGUGUAGCCCACAUUUUUCAAAGCAUGGUGUGUGUAGAACUUUUUUUAUAUUUUUAGGGGUGGGUUGGGAUCUAAUCAAGAUUUCCACAUUGACUCUUGCAGGAUAACGACAUAGUUAGGCCGAGGCAGGUGAAAAUAAUCUCUGAAAAUAUGAGCCAGUUCAGAAAAGGGUUUAUCUGACUGUCUGAAUAAGCUUCACGAAUAUAUUUCAGGGGUAGAUACAGAUAUUGGGUGGCUGCCACCUGGGCUAAAGGCCACAUUUUAGCUCCACCCUUCUGGUGGUCAAUGAGACAACCAGUAGGGACAGCGAGUUAUAAAUUCCUUAAACCUUGGCUGUCAAGAUGGCUUUCUGAAUGUUACUUUGUACUUAACUCUUAUGUCAGUUGGGAUAAAAUCUUUUCAGAUUAGUUAGCCCUUCUUAAACCUUAGUAGAUAUGGCAUUAGUGGCUACAAACAACAGAAAGAUGUUUUCAGCUGUCUCGCCUCCCUAGAACGUUCCUACAUUAAACAUUUUGUAGCAUGAAAAUCUCUCCGUAUGACUCGAGUUCAUGUGGUGUCGUAUUGGACAGAGUCAUAUACAGGAGUUGGCAUCCUACGCUUUGUCUGUCUUGUCAUUGAACAUUUUGAGGCAGAGUUUUGAUGACUUUAUCAGUCAUGCUGUGCAUAUAUCUCUGUUUUACCUCGCUUUAAAGAGAACAACAUUGUUUGCAGACUUUCAAGCUGUCAGCAAAUGUUUGAACACCUAACCCCAGAUUCAAUCCAGUGAAAAAACCUACCAGCCUGUAUAGAAGAGAGAGCUGAUGCUUCAAAGAACAUAAGUUGAAGUACUAUGUUUUUGAUGUUGAGACUAAGACCAACUACACCAGUAUGAUUCUCGUCUCCAGUCCAUACAGUUCUGUAGUAUGAUAUCCCAGCCUACUUGUAUUGAUUUUAUCACUUGCCACUAGUUUUAACAACAUGUAGUAGGACGUUCUUGUGUCACAAGGAGCCUUGGAUAACUUUUUCUGUGAGAAUUUUUCCUUGAAUGUUCAAAGAGAACAUGCUGUGAAAAACUUAUAAAGGUUUGAAGGGUGUGACAUCAGCUGUGUAGCUUUUGAGAUUUUGAUGGUGAUAGUGUAGACUGUAAUGUAUACGUGAUCAAGUCCUCAACAGUGACAUUUUUAUUGUAUUUUUUGUUUCUUUUUUACUACAUGGUCAAACAUAGGUCUGUUGACUUAAAACAGUACAACGAAGGUAAAAUUAAUGGCAUAAAAGCAUCCUAAGAUGGCUACCAUCACGGUUUAUUUAUUGCACUGAUAUGAUUUGGAUAUACAUGUAUCUAAAAUUGUAGGAAAUUAUUCGAAAUCAUGUAAAAAGGUUUUGUCUGAAAAAUGCAAUUUGGUGAAAAAAUGUUUUGUGCAAAUCUUGGACAAGGGUUGCAACUUGGUUUGUGGCAUGUCAUUGGUAUAGAACAUGGCAGCGUGCACAUUGAAGAUGGUCGACAAUUAAUUUUUCGACAUUGAAAAUUUGAAGUCUUAUCUGUGUUUUCCCUGUGCCAUCAUUCACGCCGUCAGUCAUACCAAUGGAUGAAACAUCACGUUUUGAAUGUGUACACUGCUUGUGCAUGGAAAGGUGACUUAAGUUGAGAAAAUAUAAGAAUAGAUACUGAUAAAAAACUUGAUGAAAUGUUAUGGUCACAGACCUUGGCCUGGGUUACGGUUUGGGCUAGAAAGCUUUCUUCUCUUAUCAUUUGUGCAAGAUUCUGCAUAAAUGUCGCUCGUAUGUCUUUAGUUUUACAUGGUAGACCAGUGUUCAUUACACAAUCAUGAACAAAUUAAAAAAUUUAUAAACAAA